AAUAAUUACAAUCGCAUUUGAGUUAACGUCGCGAGAAGCGUGUCGCGUUUCAAAAGCUCGGCAGUGAAUGAAAAGACGAUGAUAAUACUCUUUCCCGUAUCUGCGACGGCGUAUUCAAAACAAAUCAACAAAAAUGGCCGACGAUAUCGAUGAGGAUACCCCCAUGCGAACUGAGGAUAAUUCAUCCGAUGACGACAGUGGUAGUGACAGUGAACAGAAUGGCGGGGAAGGAGAAGUUGAAUGGAUGGUUACAUCGCGACAAAAACGUUCCACUGCAGGAAAUCGAUUGAAUGCUCUAUUACAACAAGAAGAACCAGAUGAUGAAUUAGAACUUUUAUUCGCAGAAGAUGAAAAUGAAGAAGAUCAUGGAUUCGUUGAUGUGGAGGCUGAUUCUGAUGUACAAAUGGAUUCUUCCGAUGAUGAUGAUGAAGGACCUGCAGCUGGCGCCGAUGAUCUUGAAGGGGAGAAAGAGUUACAACGGAAGGAAAAGGCAGAACGAUUGGCAAAGAAACGGAAGAUGAAUGAUGGCAUACCAAAGAUAUUCAAAAAGAGAGUUAAGAUUGAUCCUACAAUUCCUUCGAAACCUGCUCCAAGACCAAAGAAAAAGUCCGAACGCGCUUCAUGGAUUCCAACUCCAGAAGAUGCGCCAACUCGAGCAUCGGCUCGUGGUACUACGAAGAAGAGUAAAGAACAAUUGCAUGCGCAGAUGAUAGAUCGGGAGAAGAAGAGGUUGAAACAGUUGGCGAAUAUGGAGAAAGCAGCAGCAGCAAAGGAAGCCGCAAGGAAACCAGCCAUGACACAAGAAGAUAGAUUGGCAGAAGCUGCAAGGGUGGAAAAAAGUAAUUCGAAGAGUUUAAGUAGAUGGGAAGAAGCGGAACAACAAAGGGAAGAAGAACAGAGGUUAAAAUUGGCGGCAUUGCAUAAUAGAAAAUUAGAAGGUCCUGUUAUUACCUGGUGGAGUGGACGCGCGACAUGGGUUGGAGGAAAAUUAAUUGCAAUUGGAUCAAAGAAACUCAAAUCGGAUGAACCUAAGGAAAAGUCGAAGAAGAGAAGGGCUGGGGAAAUGGAGGAUGAAAAUGAACCUGGAUCACCGGAAUCAACUACUUUGAAAGGUAAUGCUACUCAAGGAUCGGCUAUGGCCAAUGCGCCAAUUAGUGAUAGAAAAGAUUCGAUACCUGGAAUCGCCUCCGGAGUCGCUACAAGUGAUGGAGAUAAAGAUGGAAUUGCAUUGAGGCAAGAAUCUACAUCGAUAAGUUCUGAUGGCAAUCUGCAUCCUCAUCCAGAAUCGCAACUUAGUAGUAUUCUCAAGCCACCACAAUUACCAACCAUUCCACCACUUAGCAGCGUCCUUCAACCACCCACCAGCAUCCUUCAACCACCCACCAGCAUUCUUCAACCACCCAAUCAAACUUCUGGGGCUGUCCCAAGUAUAAGUGGACUUCAACCACCACAUCAAACUACCGGUGCCGUUCCUCAUAUCAAUGGACCACUUCAACUUCCACAAUCACAUAAUCACGCCGUUCCAAUCAUACCCCUUCAUGCACCAUCCGCCGUUCCUCCAUUCUUCCUUCAACCUCCAUCACUUGAUGGUUCUAAACCUCUUCCUGGUUUUCAACCUCCGAAUACGAACUAUCCUCGUUUAAUGCCUCCUCAAGCAACUCCUUUCUCUUUUGCCACUUCUCAACAUUACUCUCCUUAUACUUCAGCUCUUCCUCUACCUCCACCUCCACAACCACCUGUCACCGAAUAUGCGCUUAAGAAUUGUCUCAUCUUGACAAAUUUCAAUGAAGAAGAAAUUAAAAAUAAAGAUGUACAAACGAGGAUUUUGUUUAAUCAAGCAUUUCCUAAAGCUCCUAGUAAGUCUAUUUCGUCUUCUCUCCUAUUCUUCCAUUCCCUCUUUUACCCUCACCUUCUCCCCUCAUUCAUCCAUACUAACACCACUAAGCCAAAACCAAAACUCCUUCAUCAAAAUCCCACACCCUCUGCGCAAUAACUCAUUACCCCGCCAAAUUUCGCGACCCAAAAACAGGUCUCCCAUAUUUAAAUUGCUAUGCCUAUAAGGAAAUUCAAAAAUUAAGAAGAGGUGAAUAUAGAUGGAGUAAAUUACUAGGUGCAUAUGUAGGAAAUGCAGCAGUAGCAGCAAGAGGUGUACCGGGAAGAUUUUUAAAAGGCGGUGAGAAAGAUGUAUCGGUGAUGUCGGGGAUGACGACGGGUACGAGCACAUCGACGCCGGGAAUAGGGACGGGAAAGGAUAUUCCGAUGACGGGGACUUCGAUAUCGACUUCGACACAGGCGCCUGUGAUUGCGAAUGGGAAGUAGAUGGUUAGUUUAGUAGUCCAGCGAGUAGAUAGUAGAUAGGUGGUAAAUAUCUACAGCUACCGCGGAUUAACUUGAAUUUUUGAUUUCCAAGCUUGUAUAAUAAGAUCAGACGGGAUAAGAUGAGAUGAGAUAAAAUAAAAUAAGAUAAGAUUAAAUAUAUUCAUAAUAAAAUAAUUUAUUUAAUAAUUAUAUUUAU